AUGGAGGCUCCGAGGCCCGUGAACCCCGAGGGGUGCGCCCAAUCGCUCCCCGGGACGCGAGGGGGCGUUUUGAAGCUGUGGCUCUGUGAGCUCUGGCUACUACUGCUGGGUUCCGGCUUGAACGCGGAUUUUCUGCCCGACGAAGAGGACGUAAGCUUUAUCAAUGAGUACGUGAACCUCCACAACGAGCUCCGUGGCAACGUCAUCCCCCGGGGCGCUAACUUGCGCUUCAUGACUUGGGAUGUAGCUUUGUCACGGACUGCUAGAGCAUGGGGGAAAAAAUGUGUGUAUGAGCAUAAUACUCAUUUAGAAGAACUAAAAAUGGCCCAUCCUAAAUUUAAUGGUAUUGGUGAAAAUAUGUGGGUCGGCCCUGAAAAUGAAUUUACUGCAAGUAUUGCUAUCAGAAGUUGGUAUGCAGAGAGGAAAAAGUACCAUUUUGAAAAUGACAGUUGCUCUGAUGACUGUUCUCAUUAUAUACAGCUUGUUUGGGACAAAUCUUACAAAGUUGGUUGUGCUGUUACUCCAUGUUCAAGAAUUGGACGUAUUAAACAUGCAGCAAUUUUCAUAUGCAACUAUGCACCAGGAGGAACUCUGACGAGAAGGCCUUAUAAACGAGGAAUAAUUUGUAGUCAAUGUAGCAGAUAUGACAGAUGCACAGAUUUUCUAUGCAGUAAUGCAGAUCGUGACCAAGCCAUAUAUUACCAAUUUUGGUAUCCAAGAUGGGAAGUGCCCCGGCCAAUUGUGUGUGAUCCACUGUGCCUGUUUAUUUUCUUUCUGAGAAUGCUAUGUUUUUCACUAUGUGCCACAGUUGUCUUGAUAAUACAGUCUCAGUUUCCAAAUAUAUUACUGGAAGAACAGAUGUUAUUUACCCCUGAGGUGUCUGAAGUAGAGCCAGAAAAGGAGGAGGAAAAUGAAGAGGAGGAGGAAGAGGACAGGGAAAGGGAUGAGGAGAAAGGGGACAGGGAAGGGGAGGAGGAGGAAGAGAAGGAAGAAAAAGAAGAGGAAGAGGAGCAGUAAGAUUUGCCACUGUCAUAGGACAAAAGUAUAAUACAAAAAAGGCAAAAAACCCACAAAGAACAAAAACACUGAGCUUUGACAAGAAAAAAUACAUACAAACCACUAUUGCAAUACCUUUUAUUCCUUUCUUUCUCUUACUAUUCAACUAAUUUAAAUUUGAAAAACAAAUAAGGGAAAACACGUAUUUUAUAGUAAGUGUUAUAAGGCAAGCUCUUGGACACUAAGUACAGGUAAAGAUGUGAUGAUAGAAAUACUAAAAAAGAUUUGACCAGUCGCAUUAAUCUUAGCAUUUCACUAUGUUGUCCUGCUAAAGGAGGGAAUUUCCAUUUCCUAAAUAUGUUUCUGUCUCUGUGUUUUAAAUAUUUUUUGAAUGGAAUAAUAAGUUUCUUGAGUAUUAAAUAAGAUUAUACAUAUAAAGUGCUCAGGACCAUUUGAAGUUCAGGACAACCAUUUAAUCACUUUUGGUUUUGUAGUUGUUAUCAUUACUAUCACAGUUGUUAUUGGUAGUGGUGGUGGUAUUUUCCAUGUGAUAUCAAGGCAUCUAAUAUCAUUUCUUUGUUGUAUAUGUGUUUGGAAUGGCUUAAGUGGUACUUGUACAUGCUGUUAGGAGACAAAUUUGUUAUUUCUGCUUCAUGUUAAUAUUUCAUUAAAGCCUUGCUGUAAUUCUU